UCUUCCUUCCUUUUUUUUUUUUUUUUUAAGAAAUAUUUUCUUUUUCUUUUUGUAAAAUUUACAUAAUUUUAUUGCUAAUCCUGGAUGAGGUUGCUGGAUUCUGCAGCACAAGUCUUCAUGAACAAGCCGCACCGCUCAGAGAUUUCACGGCAUUCAAAGGUCACAGAACUGCCACUAUGGUUAAAUGUCUUGUUUAAUGGUUGAGAGGUGUGGCGAAGUCUUGUUUGAGAAUCCUGAACAGAAUGUCAAAUGUGUUUGCAUGCUAGGAGAUGUACGACUAAGGGGUCAGACGGGGGUUCCUGCCGAACGCCGCGGCUCCUACCCAUUCAUUGACUUCCGUCUACUUAACAAUACAACACACUCAGGGGAAAUUGGCACCAAGAAAAAGGUGAAAAGACUGUUAAGUUUCCAAAGAUACUUCCAUGCAUCUAGGCUUCUCCGAGGGAUUAUACCGCAGGCCCCCCUCCACCUGCUGGAUGAAGACUACCUUGGACAAGCAAGGCAUAUGCUCUCCAAAGUUGGAAUGUGGGACUUUGACAUUUUCUUGUUUGACCGCUUGACAAAUGGGAACAGUCUGGUAACUCUGUUGUGUCACCUCUUCAACUCCCAUGGACUCAUCCACCAUUUCAAGCUUGACAUGGUGACCUUACACAGGUUUUUGGUUAUGGUUCAGGAAGAUUACCACGGCCACAACCCGUACCACAAUGCUGUUCACGCAGCUGACGUCACCCAGGCCAUGCACUGUUACUUGAAGGAGCCAAAGUUGGCGAGCUUCCUCACACCUCUGGACAUCAUGCUUGGACUACUGGCUGCAGCAGCUCAUGACGUGGACCACCCAGGGGUGAACCAGCCAUUUUUGAUCAAAACUAACCACCACCUUGCCAACUUGUAUCAGAACAUGUCCGUACUGGAGAAUCACCACUGGCGGUCUACAAUCGGCAUGCUUCGGGAAUCAAGGCUCCUUGCUCAUUUGCCAAAGGAAAUGACACAGGAUAUCGAACAGCAGCUGGGCUCCCUGAUUUUGGCCACGGACAUCAACAGACAGAAUGAGUUCCUGACCCGCUUAAAAGCUCACCUCCACAAUAAGGAUUUGAGACUGGAAAAUAUACAGGACAGACACUUUAUGCUUCAGAUCGCCUUGAAGUGCGCUGACAUUUGCAAUCCUUGUCGAAUCUGGGAGAUGAGCAAGCAGUGGAGUGAAAGAGUCUGUGAAGAAUUCUACAGGCAAGGUGACCUUGAACAGAAGUUUGAACUGGAAAUCAGUCCUCUUUGUAAUCAACAGAAAGAUUCAAUCCCUAGCAUACAAAUUGGUUUCAUGACUUACAUCGUGGAGCCACUGUUCCGGGAGUGGGCCCGGUUCACUGGGAACAGCACCCUGUCGGAGAGCAUGCUAAGCCAUCUCGCGCACAACAAAGCCCAGUGGAAGAGCCUGCUGUCCAAUCAGCACAGACGUAGAGGCAGCGGCCAGGACCCAGCGGGCACCGCGCCUGAGACCCUGGAGCAGACAGAAGGCGCCACGCCCUAAGGUAGCGGUCCGCCGGAGCACGGCCAUCUGUCCGUCCACAGGAGCACGGCCAUCCGUCCAACUGCCCUCGCAACAAGCCCACCGCGCUGGGUUUCGAUGCCACCUGCCUGCCAUUUACCACCUCCCUUCGUUGAUCCAAGUGUACAAAAGCCAUCGUCACCUCAGCAUCAGCUGCCGAGAUGGGCAGCUCUAUCCUGUCAUUUGGAGCUGAUUAUUCUGGGGCGUCUGCCCCCACCGAAAAGACUGGAAGUAAGAAAGGGGUGCCUCUGCCGUGCCCGCCUCUGGCCCUUGGUCAGGCUGACUGGCAGUGACUCCAGUCCAGAGCAUUUUAGAGCUCACCAUUGGACGGCUGACCUGCAUGACACCAGCAUACUUAGAACUCCAAGACUGGUCUUACGUGCCAGAGCACAAACGAAGAGUGUGAGAGAAAGUACCUUCUAUUUUAAUAAUAAUUAUUAUUAUAAAAUAAUAAAUCUUUUUAACUUUUAUACUUCGCGCGCCAGACAUGGGUCUAAAACUUUGGACUAAGAAUACUCAGCGUACCCAAGCCUAAGAGGGGGUUCCUUUUGCUAUUGACUCUGCCACAUUGGGUCAGAGAUGUGGCCCGUUUUCGGUUUAGGAAACCGAGCGUCCCCUCCCAUCUGGCGGAAGGUGCUGUACAGCUCGUCCCUUUGCACCGCUAGCCAAUCUGUCUUUUACGGAUUCCGUGACCUGUUUAUAUCCACGAGUGUACAUUCUCUGUAAAUACCGAACGCUACUGAUUCCCAUGCCAAAAUACACGAGUAUUAUGGGAUUGCUACCUGUAUACACGACGGCACUGUGAACAGAAUACUGUUAGUUUUCAUACAAGAGAAUGCAUUUGUAAAUAUGGUAUAGAGUUUAUUAAUAUACUGUUGUUUGCAGAUAAAGGCCUUAACUUUAAACAUUUUUCUCCUCUUCCCAAAGCCGCCCAACCUAAAUCCUUACAGAUGUCUUUCUGAACUGUCCGGCCCCCCGAUGACUAUCUCUGCUUUCCUGCUGAGGCCACAAGCCAAAACUGAGUACCAUCUUGAAGGAUACUUUUUUUUUUUUGGAAACCUCUCAUGCAUGGAGACCAUAGUUUUUAAUCUAUGGUACCAAGUAUGGUUUCCUCAGGCUAAUGAUACCCUUCCAGCAAGAUGUAAGUCACGUUCCAGCCCAGCAAUGUUGCACACAGUUCUAGCAAGCUGGCUGGUAGGCGUGUGUUUAUGUGACUCCCGUUAUGGAACACGGGGUACAUCAGCCUCACGGAAGACAUAGCGGGUCUCAAAAGCCUCGUGCGACCCUGUCACCUAGCCAUCAGAGAACUCCCUGCCCCCACCCCACGCAUUUGUCUGGUAUGGCUACAAUACCAAAGUCCCUUUGGUCCGUGGUCGGUUCGGUUGGUGUGCGUUUCUUUGGUGUUGAUAGUAACUGGAUUAUUUCCUUUUUUUUUUUUUUUUUCUAUAGUUUCAUGUGAAUGACUGCCCAACUGUUUAGCUGAAUUUAAUAUUAUUUAAGUAAAGAAACCGUUUCAGUGCUGUAAGAGAUGUUAGCUUUCUAGCAGGUUUGUUAUGGCUGCAGCUAGCUGAGUCGGCUUGGAAUUGCUGCCAUCUGGCUGCAGAUACUCGGCUUGUAAAAUGCAGCGUGUACGGCGUUCUUACUCAGCCCAACUGUGCAUUGAGCCUUUUCUUUAUGAGUGAUUGAUGUUAUAUGGAAACUGCCAAUGCUCCUCUCUCCACCUUAACGUGUAGUGGGAGAGGAAGCAUCUUUGCUAUCUCAAGCUGAGGGCGACAGCCAGCUCUUACUUCCUAAGGGUAACUAAUGUGGGGCUCUCUGUGUCUCCUAAUAACACAAGUGAAACGUUAAAAACUUGCCUGGCCUGGAAUAGGUUCCUACAGAGAGAUCGGGGCUUACAGAGCUAAGGUCGUGGAGGGGAUGGGAAUGUUGAUUCUGUUUUCACUAGCACAAGCAAGAUUGUCAGAUGGGACUAAGGAAAGUCUGAAGAAUUUGUGAAGUGGGUAGAUGGCGCUGACGUCACUGAUAUGGGUGAGAAGGGGAGUUGGGGACACUGACUUCUGUUUUCUGAAGCAGCUAUGGGCUGACGUACAUUUCUUCAUUGCUAUGAUAUUCUGAAGCUCUGAGCUUGAGCAAGGCCUCAACUGAGAAUACAGAGGAUAGAGUUCCGCUUUUAAAACCUCUCUUAUUUCGGAUUGUAGCCGUCUGUUCUUAUGCAUCUGAGAUGGAAACAAGGAGACCAAUGGCUCAGGAUGACAGAAUAGAAACAAUAAAGAAAACAUUGUUUUUAGCCAAUGAAGUCUCCACCUGGAGUUUAGGAAGUAGAUUCUGCUUAAGUUAUAAUUACAUUGUAAUUGAAUUAGGAUAAGGGGGAAGGUUUUCAGCAUGUUGCUAUUGAGUCUUAAAGAGGAGUCAAGAAAUAAAAACUACCAAAUAUCUAAUGGCUAAAACACUAGUACAAUGAAAAUCAGAAGUGGAACCUGACACAUGAGGUAGACAGAUCUGCAUUUUUCUACCAUCUGGAAACUUCUUGAGCUCCUCAUUUGUUGAGAAAGACUUAACUGUGAAAGCUCUUCUUCUUUGCCUGCUAAUGGCUCUCUUGGAAUAAUUUAAUACGAGUUAUCCAAUAAGGAGUGGAGACAAGGCCCCUGACCAUGUCAAUAUAUUUUAAAGUUUUAAAGUUUUUAAAGUCUUAGUCUGCUAGCCCACCUCGAUGGUGGAUCAUCAACUGGUGACUUAGAAAGGAAGGAUUCAAAGAAUUACUUUCUUAGUAAGACAUCAAGAUCAGAGAGAGAGAGAGAGAGAGAGAGAGAGAGAGAGAGAGAGAGAGAGAGAGAGAAACAUGAAUACAUCAUUGCCAGACCUGAUGAUCAAAACUGACUUUUCUUUGCAGUCGUCCAAUCCACAGUCAGACCUGAUGCCUGAAACCUGCCAACCCCUACUUCCCUGUUAGGUUAAGUAACAACUAGUUGUUUCUCCCCCUCCCUGCUUACAGCUUCCCUCACAGGGCCUUAGAGCUCAUCCGCAACCUGCCUUCAAAUAGUCCUUCCUGCAAAACACAGAGCUGUGUGGCCCUUCGUGUUGAGUCAGAUACGCUCACUGACAUUGACUUGGCUAUGAGCUUGUAUUCCUCGUGCUUUGCUCUUUGAAGACUGUAAAAUUGUGUCCUCUUGUGUACACAUGUAAAGUUUGGGGGGGGGGAACCUUGUGAGUUUUGCUCAAAAUGUGGCCUAAAUAUUCAUUGGCAUGUCUAUCCAGAUGAACAUUUAAAAAUAAAGAUAAUUUCUUUAAAAUAUCA